AUGGCUGAAAUGGUGCAGGACAUCAGAGGCAAAUCUUCUGUCGAGCAGCCAGAUAUAGAUAAAAAUGGGAAAACAGUUGACACUAGUGAAACUACAAAUAAAUGUGACAUAGACUCUCAGAAAAGUGUUUCCAAUUCAACUAACACACCAAUGGAGACAGAUGACAGUUCUAACUGUAAAACUGACAGUGCUUUUGAGCUAAAUGGUAAUGGUGAAGACUGUGAUACCGCAGAUGGCAAUGAAGAGGAUAUUGACCUGGAGGGUUUCAAGUACAAAGAGUACAUGUGUUCCCUGAUGGUUCCAGUGUGCAUCAUACUAAGGGAGCGUGCAAUAUUGCUGCAUUUGAAAGAGAAGUUUAGGACAGUUUAUGGUGAUAAGACAGACAUGGACAUAGCCCCCAUUAAGGAUGUAUGGAAGUGGAGGAACGGUCCUCUCCUCACUGAUCUGCUAGGCGCUCCUUUCAGUCAAAGCAUGUUUGAUAUCACAAUGACAUUUGACUACACGGAGUCAAACAAGGAGUGCACUUUUCUCCUGAGUUCCAGCUGCAGUGAGAUGUUUGUGAAGCGCAAACAUGACAGGCGCUUCCGUAAGAAGCUGGCCCAGUCCCUCUACACACGAGCCAAUGUUGGCAAGGCCUUAGACAAACUCUCAGAUGACGAGUUCAGGAAGAGCUACCAGUGUCCUCCACUUGCGCCCAAAGCAGCGAUCUCCUGUGAUAUCAAGUGCCAGAAUGAAAAUGUGUUUGUUGCAGGUCGUUACAACAAGUACAGUCGUGAGUUAAGCCAGACCCCGUGGUUGAUAGACGGUGUUCGGCGAUCCGAGUCUUCUGUGGAGGAGCUGCUUUGUGGACCAAUCAACAAGCACUUCAGGCCAGAUGAACAGAAGUUUUCAUCCUCAGGCCGUGAAGACGUGGAUGUGCGAAUGUUGGGAAAUGGUCGGCCGUUUGUGUUGGAGCUGAUUAACCCUCGAUGUCGAAACUUCUCCUCAGAACAAAUGGCCAAGAUGCAGCAGGACAUAAAUACCUCAACUGAAGACAUCAAAUGCAGAGAUCUUCAGAUUGUACCCAAGGAGGAGACUGAAGUAUUGAAACAGGGUGAAAUAGACAAGGUGAAGUGGUACAGGGCCCUCUGCUGGUCUGAACAGCCUGUCUCCCAACAACAUCUAGAUACACUUAACAGCACCAAGGAAUUGAAGAUAUUGCAGAAGACACCAAUACGCGUCCUACACAGACGGCCUCUAGCUACGCGAGACAAGCUCAUUCACAGCAUGUCAGCGACACGUGUGGAUGACACACACUUUAGUGUAGACCUCUCCACCCAGGCUGGAACCUACAUCAAGGAGUUUGUGCACGGGGACCUGGGUCGCACGAGACCAAACCUUUCCAUCAUCCUUGGCAUUGAUGUUGAUAUACUGGACCUGGAUGUAACGGCUAUUGAACUUGAUUGGCCAAAGGCAGUGGACCAGGACCGAGAACAAGAAUUGCAAAAACCACAGACAGAUACUUGAGGGGGAGAAAGGGCUGCAUCUUAAGAGGUUCAGGCCAAAGAGAAAACCUCCUUUCAUUAUUAUUUGUAUUUGACUGUUAGUGUAUAUAUUUCCUUGAAGGGAAUAAGAAAUGUUAAAUAAUUGCCAAAUACAAGUAAAUGUUGUUCAUCAUGAAAUGUGUUACCAUCAACUUAUAAAGUAUCAUAAAAAAUGUCUAACUUUGUUUCGACUCCAUUGUAUGAUUUUAUGGAUUUUGAAAAAUGCCAUUUAAACUGACAAAAAUCAGAUUGGCCUACACUAGAUGAUACAGCACUGACCAUGUCUUUGUCUGCUACAGUAUUGCCAUAUAGAGACCAAGUUUCCAUUCUUUUCUGGGACCAAUUUCAAAGUAUUGUGUUUUUAAGAAAUAAGUCUUCUUUCUGACCCUCUGACAUACAUAUAUUCAUCCAAAAUAUCAACCAUUUCAAGUUCAUAUUAUAACAGUUGAAUGAAAUGCAACAAUAUUACUCUAGAUUUAUAUAACCGAGCAUUGUCCAUAUAUGUAAACCAGGCUUCUAAAAUCGAAUCUGCUUCCCCCAGUAUUACAAAAUACUCCUUAAUCUCCAUCUCCCUCCUGUUUCCAC